UUUUCUUUUUUUUUUUUUCCCUCUCUGUUUGUCUCUGAUAUGAAACUAGGAAAGAUCACUUAUUAAUUCCCUCAAAAAUUUCCCUUCUCGUUUGUAUCUUAUUCACGGCAUCAAAGGUUAAAAUACCACAAACCUUAUCUUCAAUUGGUCCCCUCAUUCUUCCUUCAAUUGUACCCAAUUUCUCAUCAUAAAUUCACAUUGAUUAUCUAUUAUCACAUUUUGGUGAUUAUAAAUAAAUAUAGAUUAAUAAUUACUAGCUCUGAUCAUUAUGUGGAGUAUGGAUGCUCCUAAUUAUCUUGUGAGCAUGUUAGACAUUACCCUUCUUAAUUCUCUUGGCCAAGACAAGAACAAGAAGAAGAAGAACGAUAUUAAGGAGAAGAAGAAAGGUUAUUAGGAUAUGAAACAAGGUAACGGACGUUCAUUUGAAGAUUAUGGGUCUUACAAACCCAUUCAAAGUCUCGUACACUCUCUAUGCCAUAUUUCCCAUUAUUGGACUCAUAAUUUCAUUCUACUUUGUGCCCUUUCCCUUCAUUACAACAUUUCAAAUCAAACUUCCAUAUUAUUCCAUUUCCACCCCACUCAUGGUCAACACCUCUUCUAAUUCUUCAGGAAAAAUAGAAUAUGCAAAUGAGAAUUCAUGUGACUACUCCAUUGGCAAAUGGGUCCGUGACGAAAGAGGACCUUUGUAUAAUGGAACCUCCAAAUAUUGCAAGAUGAAGAAAAAUCAAAAUUGCAUCGCUAAUGGAAGGCCUAACACAGAGUAUCUUUAUUGGAGAUGGAAACCCAAUGAUGAUUGCAACCUUGCUAGGUUUGAUCCUAGUACUUUUCUCCAACUAAUUAGGAACAGACACGUGGCAUUUGUUGGAGACUCUGUUGCUAGGAACCAAAUUGAGUCCCUUAUUUGCAUGCUUGGUAGUAAUAAUGAUGAUGACUCAUCAAAACCAAAACGUUUGUACCAUAAAGGUUCACGAAAAUGGAACAUUCUCUCCCACAAUGCAAACUUGUCCUUCUAUUGGUCCCCAUUUCUUGUGAGAGGUGAUAUGAGAUCCCAGAAAGGGCCACAUUACAAUACAAUUUAUUUGGAUCAUGUUAAUGAGAGGUGGGCAAGGGACUUGGAUGAAAUGGACAUGAUUGUAAUUUCACUAGGGCAUUGGUUUGAUGUUCCUUCAAUUUACUAUGUGGGUGGUUCAAUUUCAAGUUGCCUAAAGUUGCCACAACUUGGUUAUUGCAAUCAUCAUGUUAAUGAUUUUUAUGAUCCGUUAAGACAGGCUUUAAGGGUUGCUCUUAAUACCAUAAUCGAAGCGAAAGCAACUAAAGGUGACAAACUCAAUGUGAUUGUUAGAACGUAUUCGCCGUCUCAUUUUGAAGGUGAGUGGAAUAAAGGUGGUACUUGUUUGAAGGAUAAGCCUUAUGAAGAUGGAGAGAAGAAGGUUGAAGGAAUGGAUGCUGAGAUAAGAAGGAUUGAGAUGGAAGAAGUGGAAAUUGCUAAGGAGAAAGCCAAAGAAUUUGGAGGGUUAAUUAGGUUAGAGAUAAUGGAUGUGACUAAGUUAGCAUUGUUGAGACCAGAUGGCCAUCCAGGUCCUUAUAUGAAUCCUUUUCCAUUUGCAUCCAAAAUUGUUCAAAAUGAUUGUGUUCAUUGGUGUUUGCCAGGGCCUAUAGAUACAUGGAAUGAAAUUUUAUUAGAGAUUAUGAAGAAGUUGGUGCUACAUUCAAAGGCUGAAUAAUACUCCUGAUGAGACAUUCUCCACAUUCUUGUUAAUAAUCUUUUUGUGGUUUAAUC